AUGUACGAACAUAGCUCUAGCCAUGGAAGACGAGAAAGAGAGGUAUACAAAUACCUUAGAAACGUCAAGUCUAGACAUACAGGCUUUGUACUCGUGCGACGCGCCAUUGAUGACUUUCAAAUUAGUUCUGCAGAUAACACCUACUCCUAUCAGUGCCUCGUGCAUCCUCCUUUAGCUAUGAGUCUAUGCGAGCUACGCAAUCGGGUCACAGAAAAGGUGCUUCCGGAAGAUUUGCUCAAGCCAACUUUGAUCCAUAUACUUCUUGCUGUCGACUUUCUUCACACAGAAGCUAAGAUUGUUCAUACCGAAUUUUUCAACCAAAUCUUAGAUAUGCAAGAAAAUAAUGCUAUGCUUACUAUGGAGGAUGAUUCAAUUCUCGUCGAUUUUGAGGAAGCAGAGAGAUCUACCCCUAGCCCUCGCAAAAUGAUUGGGGAUCGAGUGAUCUAUUCCUCCCGAGACCUAGGAAUCCCAAAGGUGCAUGGCCGUCCUAUUUUAUCGGACUUCGAUAGUUCCACAGUAGAGAUGAUCAAUCACCCUUGGCAUUGA